AUGCAUAACUCGUGGAUAUUUCUUUUCGGUGUAGUGUGUAUUCUUACGGCUGCUGUACAAUGUUCUAAUGGCGAACAAGAAUCGCAACCGUGUGUAACGCCUAAAGGUAUCGCUGGACGAUGUGUAAGAGUGCGUGACUGUGGCUACGUGUUGGACUUUCUGCGUAGAGACACUUUUUUCUACAACGACACAGAAUUCCUGGAGGGAUUGCAGUGCGGUACACGGCCAGACGGGACGGCACUCGUUUGCUGUCCCCGUUUUCAGAAUGAACCGCAGUGUGGACCGUCGUCGUUCGGUGUGCGCAUUAUCGGUGGGAAUGAUACGGAGAUAGGAGAGUUUCCUUGGAUGGCGUUGUUACGGUUUCAGACGCGCAAUCGUAAGAUUCAGUCGAACUGUGCUGGUUCGUUGAUCAGCAAGCGGUUCGUUCUGACCGCUGCCCAUUGCUACACAGCGGCCAAGAAGAAGGGAUGGGCGAUCACCUCUGUUCGUGUAGCGGAAUGGAAUUUUAUGAACCAUCGUGGCAAUAAAGAUUGCAAACAGGUCGAGGGCUACGAUGUACCGAUCUGCCGGAAGGACUAUGAUGUGGCCCGAUUCGUCGUUCAUCCCGACUAUCACGUCAACUACGCGGUACAUGUGAACGACAUUGCACUGAUCGAGCUGGCGACCGACGUUGAGUAUAAUGUCUUUGUCGCACCUAUUUGUCUGCCGGUGAACGAAACCCUCCUGCCACCGGGUGGCCCUGGUACGGAGUAUACGGCCGCUGGUUGGGGUUCAACCGAUCAAGAUUCCGGCAUGUCAUACCUGCUGAAGCAGAUAAAUCUUCGCGGAUUUGAUAUGGAUAAGUGCAAGAAGCUGUUCCAGGUACCGAAUGACGGUGGUGUGGGUGUGGGCCACAUAUGUGCCGGUGGAGUUCGUGGUCAGGAUACGUGCCACGGGGACUCGGGCGGUCCGCUAAUGGAGUCUGCCGAUGGCCUUUGGUAUUUGGCCGGAAUUACCAGCUUCGGAUGGCCCCGCUGUGGGAAGGAAGGUGUACCAGGGGUGUACACGAACGUUAGCCACUAUCUUGGAUGGAUUGCACGGGAAACGUUUCGUGGCAUAUUGGUGUAG